AUGGUCCGAUCCUUACUCACUUCCUUCUUCUUGCCUACGAGGGGUCGCGCGACUUCGGUGGCAGAGAAACCUGCUACGCCGGGUUGGGUGAGCAAGAAGAUCACACCUCUGCUUCAAGGGCUUUCUCGCCGAGCAUGUCUCCAUCCGAUACACACGAUCGUGAUUGUGGCUGUGCUGGCCAGUACAACUUAUAUUGGGCUGCUGGAGAGUAGUUUAUUCGACUCGGUCACAUCAAGUGCUGUUGGAAAAGCAGAUUGGGCUUCGUUACUCGAGGGAAGCAGGCAAUUAAGAGUCGGCUCUGAAACAGGCUGGAAAUGGCAGACUUCGGACACCGAAACCACCAUCCCACAAGAUGCGGACCAUGUUGCCUUACUUACCUUCGUCUUCCCCGAUUCUUUCGCUGCGGAUUCUCCUCAAAAUGCUCCCCUCGCACAUACCAUACCUCUCCCGCAAAACCUUUCUGUUACUGAGCUCCCAUCCACCUCAAAUCCCUUGUUCGCGAUAUCUCAAGACACUGCCUUGGCCUACGCAGUCCCUUAUAGUGAAGCCCCAGAAUUUCUUGCAUGCGCCCAAGAACUCCCCAACGCAGCGACUUUCCCUACUGAUGAAAAAGCCAAACAUGGGUUCGAGGCCGAACCCGUCAAGGAGCAGAAGAAGUGGAUUAUGAAGGCUGCUAAAGUUACCACCAGACGUGGCGUUAGAGCCUGGCUUUCUAAUGCCUGGACCGAAUUUGUGGAUCUCAUCAAGAAUGCGGAAACCUUGGAUAUCAUAAUCAUGGUUCUUGGCUACAUCUCGAUGCACCUGACAUUUGUUUCCCUGUUCGUCUCCAUGAGAAGGAUGGGGUCAAACUUUUGGCUCUUCGCCACUACGCUUUUCUCCUCGGUAUUUGCGUUUCUCUUCGGACUUAUUGUAACCACGAAGAUGGGUGUACCUCUGAAUAUGGUCUUGUUGUCUGAAGGACUGCCUUUCCUGGUUGUGACGAUUGGCUUUGAGAAGUCGAUUAUCUUGACCAAAGCUGUUCUCUCAGCUGCUCUCGAAACAAGAAGACCACAACCCCAGGAUAGCCCAACAUUGAAGGAAGCUGAUACUAAGAAUAGCGUUUCACCGACAUCCAUCCAAUACGCUGUUCAAGUCGCCAUUGGCAAAAAGGGAUACGAAAUUGUUCGAGACUACGUAAUUGAGAUCUGUAUUCUGGCAGCUGGAGCUGCUUCGGGAGUUCAAGGUGGAUUGCAACAGUUUUGUUUCUUGGCAGCAUGGAUCUUAUUCUUCGACUGCAUCUUGUUGUUCACGUUCUACACAGCCAUCUUGAGCAUCAAGCUCGAAAUCAACCGGAUCAAGCGUCAUGUGGAACUUCGUCAAGCCCUUGAAGACGAUGGACUCAACCGCCGAGUUGCGGAAAAUGUUGCUCAGAGCGACGACUGGCCCAGAGCCGACAAGAGCGGAAACAACGAAACCAAUAUCUUUGGGCGAAAAGUUCGUGACAGCAGUGUGCCCAAGUUCAAGGUUCUGAUGGUUUCUGGCUUCAUUAUCAUCAACAUCUUGAACUUGUGCACAAUUCCUUUCCGAGGUGGAAAAAGCAAUGCCGAGCCACCGACUAUGAGUGGACUGUCUGGACAAGGACUAUCUAGUGUCAUAACAGUACCACCAAUGGACCCUUUCAAGGUUGCAUCCAGUGGCCUUGACUCUAUCUGGGAGACUGCUAAACUCCAUGACAAGUCUACUGUUGUGACGGUUCUGACACCAAUCAAGUACGAGCUUGAGUAUCCAUCUGUCCAUUAUGGAAAGGCAAACAAGAGUCGCAAACCACAGGAUUUGCUUGAAUCGGAGGCUUCCGGAGCAAGCGAUUACGGCAUGAGCGGACGCGUUGUCGAUAGCUUGUUGAAAAGCUUAGAAGAUCCGAUAUUGUCAAAGUGGAUUAUCUUCGCCCUUGUGUUAAGCGUUAUUCUUAAUGGAUACCUCUUUAACGCUGCCAGGUGGAGCAUCAAAGAAACAAUUCAAAUGCCACCCCACCACGUUGUUGAUGCCGUGGAAUUGGACCGGGCCGAGAAGUUCAACAAUUCGAUGUCUACGCCCGCUUUGAAACUUCCCGCUAUCGAUCCAGAUGCAACCGAGAGAAUUAACCCGCCAACUCCAGCCGAAACCGACGAUGAGGAUGAUGCUUUAGUCAUGUUGACCAGAGCACAGUACAGGGAUGCUCCGCCAGCACUCAGAAGGACACAAGCACAAAUGGAACAAAUGCUUAUGGAAAAGCGAGCUCCUGAGCUUACCGACAGAGAGCUCGUCGAAUUGUCCCUGCAAGGCAAAGUCCCUGGUUAUUCCCUUGAGCGAACGCUCAAAGACUCAACACGAGCUGUCAAGAUCCGAAGAGCAAUUAUAUCACGUACUCCUGCUACAUCCGAAACUACAAGCCUUUUGGAAAAGUCUAAGUUGCCGUAUGAGCACUACGAUUAUGAUCGUGUUCUGGGAGCGUGUUGCGAGAAUGUGGUCGGUUAUUUACCAUUACCACUUGGUGUAGCAGGUCCAAUUGUUAUAGAUGGCCAAAGCUUCUUCCUUCCUAUGGCUACGACGGAAGGUGUCUUGGUUGCAAGCACAAGCCGUGGUUCAAAAGCUAUCAACGCAGGUGGUGGAUGUGUCACUGUCUUGACAGGCGAUGGUAUGACUCGAGGCCCCUGUGUUGCUUUCGAGACUCUCGAACGUACCGGUGCCGCCAAGAACUGGCUCGACUCCAAGAUUGGCCAGAAAACCAUGACAGAUGCCUUCAACUCAACUAGUAGAUUCGCACGUCUCCAAUCCAUGAAGACAGCGAUAGCUGGCACGAACCUUUAUAUUCGUUUCAAGACAACCACUGGAGAUGCUAUGGGUAUGAACAUGAUCUCGAAGGGUGUAGAGCAUGCUCUACAUGUUAUGGCCACAGAAGCUGGAUUUUCAGAUAUGCAAACAAUCACUCUUUCGGGCAACUAUUGCACUGACAAGAAAGCAGCGGCCAUCAACUGGAUUGAUGGUCGUGGAAAGAGUGUCGUUGCAGAGGCAAUCAUUCCCGGCGAUGUAGUUCGCAAGGUUUUGAAGAGUGAUGUUGACGCCUUGGUCGAACUGAACAUUGCCAAGAACUAUGUUGGUAGUGCUAUGGCUGGUAGUAUUGGUGGUUUCAAUGCCCAUGCAGCAAACAUCGUCGCUGCUAUCUUCUUAGCCACUGGUCAAGAUCCUGCACAGGUUGUUGAGAGUAGUAACUGCAUCACAAUGAUGAAGAAUCUGCGCGGAAAUCUUCAAAUCAGUGUUUCGAUGCCGUCGAUCGAAGUCGGAACUCUUGGUGGAGGUACAAUUCUCGAGCCACAGGCAGCUAUGCUUGAUAUGCUUGGUGUUCGUGGAUCACAUCCAACAAAUCCUGGUGAUAACUCUAGAAAACUGGCACGGAUCAUAGCUGCCGGAGUACUUGCAGGAGAAUUGUCUCUCUGUUCUGCACUAGCAGCUGGUCAUCUUGUACAGAGUCAUAUGGCACAUAAUAGAAGUGCACCUGCGACUCGAGCGAAUACCCCAGCACCUAGCGGAGCCCAAACACCAGUUACAUCUGCAUUGACAGCAAUGCAAGAAAAGGCAGGACUGGCUAUGUCGCCAGCGGCAGCCAUGAGAGCUGCGGAAGCGAAGAAAUAG